AUGGAUAUGAUACUUUUAAUUUCUGCAAUGUUUGGUCCAAGGAUUUAUCGUUUGGUUGAUCAACACCGUUUAUAUGUGCCUAAUUUACUAGAAUCUACAGGCAACAAAAUGUUUUCUGUUGGGAAAUGUGUUAAAGGCUUAACUAUUUUAAUGUCUCCAUUACUCGUUCCUUAUAUUUUAUUUACUUGGCCUACUUCAAGUUAUUCUUCUACAGCUAAAUUUGUUGUAUUUUUUUAUUUGACGGCUUUUAUGUUGAGAACUUGUGGAAGAAUUUCAAAUAAAGAAUAUUGUAAUUUUAUCAAAACACUUGAUCGGGCAAGAAAUAAUCCAAAUUCAGAAAGCAAAAAACGAUUGAAACGUUAUGAUUAUGAGAUAUUUGCUGCUCCAAUUGAUUUUUCUGCGGCAACAGUUCCCAAUUCUAAAUGGUUUGCUCCAUCUCCAAUUAUUAAAAACGAUUUAAUCGAGCCAUUUAAUACAAUAAGAAGUUGGACUUCUUGGAUUAUUGCAAAUACUUUUGGACGGAGAAUUUUAUAUCCUGGAUCGUUAACUAUUUUACAUAUUCUUGCACAGGAUCAGUUAUUGGAAGGAAGGAGUAAACUUUUGGAAAGGGGAGGCCAAAGAAAUAUUUUGUUAACUGAAGAUAAAAAUAAAAUUGAUACUCUUUUUAUUGAUAAUCGUUCUGAAGAAGAGGAUAAUGAAAAUGGCAAAAUUUUGGUUAUUUGUUGUGAAGGAAAUGCUGGUUUUUAUGAAAUGGGUAUAAUGAUGACACCUUUAAGUUUAAAAUAUUCUGUUCUUGGUUGGAAUAUGCCUGGUUUUGCUGAAAGUACGGGAAUUCCAAAACCUAAAGCUGUACUUCUUGCAAUGCAAGCAGUUAUGAAAUUUGCAAUUAAUGAUUUGGAAUUUGAGCCUGAACAAAUUGUUCUUUUUGGGUGGUCUAUUGGAGGAUUUCCGGCCACCUGGGCAGCAGCCAAUCACCCAAAUAUUCGAGGACUUAUUUUGGAUGCUAGUUUUGAUGAUUUGGCUUCUCUAGCUAUUUCUAAAAUGCCUUCAGUUUUAAGUUCGUUUGUGAGAUAUACUGUUAGAAAAUAUUUAAAUUUGCCUAUUUCUCUUCAGUUAAAUCAAUAUGAAGGUCCAGUUCUUAUAAUUCGUCGUUGGGAUGAUGAAAUAAUUGUGACUGAAGAUGAAAAUGAGGAAACGAGAAGAAGCUCUAACAGGGCAAAUUGGAUAUUAAUUAAAUUACUUAAAAAUAGAUAUCCGGGUCUUUUAAAUGAUGAAGAACACGAAAAUAUUGUUUACGAAUGGUUUUUGUUUUUACUUAAUUUUUUGGAGAUUUUUGUUAUUUUUUAUAGGCUUGCAAGAGAACCACAACAGCGUUUAUUAGAUUUCCCUCCAGAAGAUUCUUUGGAUCCUCAAAACAUUCCAAAUGAGGAGGAAAUGGAAGCGCUUGAAUUAGAAGAUAGGCAGAGAUUAAUUCAUCAAUUGUGCACCAAAUAUUUUGUUGAUUUUAUGGAUGCUACUCAUAGUGUUCCUUUAGAUCCUCAUCAUUUUAAUAUUCCAAACAAAGUGGGAGACUAA